GUGCGUCUGUCCCCCGUUCCUGGGAAGAAACUGGAGCACACAGGCGUCAGGGUGCAGCUGAUAGGCCAGAUUGAGCUGGCAGCCGACCGCGGACACUACUACGAUUUCCUGUCCCUUGCUCGGGAGCUGGCUCCCCCUGGAGACAUGAUGACGAUCGAAACUUUCUCCUUCGAGUUCAGCAACGUGGAGCUGCUGUACGAGUCCUACAGGGGCAAGUCUGCGCGCUGCAGGUACUUGCUAAGGGUGACGGUUGUUGGCAAAGGCAUCCACGCCAGUAACGUGAAGGACUUCCAGUUCUGGGUGCGCAACUAUGACAUCCCACCCCCUGUGCAGGAUGCGAAUGUCAAGAUGGAGGUGGGCAUCGAGGAAUGCCUCCACAUUGAGUUCGAGUACAGCAAGGGCUGGUACAACCUGUGUGACGUGGUCAAUGGGAAGAUCUACUUUCUGCUGGUGCGCAUCAAGCUGAAGUACAUGGAGAUCGAGAUCCGCCGGCGGGAGACCACGCGUGUAGGGUCCAGCCCGCGAAACGAAACAGAGAUCAUCGGCAAGUACGAGAUCAUGGAUGGAGCGCCCGUGCGGGGCGAGACUGUGCCUAUCAGGAUGUACCUCACGCCGUACGACCUCACUCCCACAUACGAGAAUGUGCACAAUAAGUUCACCGUCAAGUACUUCCUGAACUUGGUGCUUGUGGACGAUGAGGACAGGCGGUACUUCAAGCAGCAGGAGAUCCAGCUUUUCCGGUUCAGACCCGAGCCCAAAACGUCCUAA